AUUCUUUUUUAUCACUUUCAAGUUUUUGGGAAAGCUGACUUUUAAGACUGUUCAAGCCUUUCAAUCUCAGAGGCCCCGGAUAGGGAAAUCGUUCUUCGACUAUUCAACCUCUUCUCUUUCUACAGUAUCUCUCUCUCUCUCUCUCUCUCUCUCUCUCUCUCUCUCUCACUGUAUGGGCAACUCGGAAGAAGAGAGAGACGAGCCGCUGACGCCGGCGGGCAGGCUGUUCCUCAGGCCCGAAAUGAACCAAAUAAUCCACUGCAUCAUCGGUUGCAAGAACCCAAUCGACGUGGCGGCCGUCAGAUCCGAGAUCACAAAAUCCGUCAUGAUACAACACCCCCGAUUCUCCAGCCUCAUGGUCCGAAACUCUCGCGGUCGAGAACACUGGCGCAAGACCCAAAUUGACGUUGACCGCCACGUCAUCGUCUUCGAAGACCCCGUCGCCGGCGCCGGCGACGAAGAGGCGGUGAACGACUACGUCGCCGAUCUUGCCGUCUCGUCGCCGCUCAGCCCCGACAAGCCGCUGUGGGAGAUACACAUAUUGAGGGCUCACAAUUGCAUUGUUUUCCGGAUCCACCACGCGUUGGGGGAUGGAAUUUCGCUGAUGUCAAUGCUUCUGGAGUGUUGUCGAAAGGCAGAUGAACCGGACCAGAGGCCGACUAUCAGUUUUGUGGGUACUUCUUCUAAUUCGUCUUCGAACCGGAUAAAUCAGAGGAGAAAGUUGUGGAAGGUGGUGGUGGGAAUGUUGAUGGGGCUGGUUUUUAUUGUAGAGUUCGUGUUGAGGUCUUUGUGGGUUAAAGACCGGAAGACCACCGUGAGCGGUGGUGCUGGGGUGGAGCUGUGGCCGAGAAAGCUUGCUACGGCGAAGUUUCGGUUGGACGAUAUGAAGAUGGUGAAAGAAGCCGUAGCUGACGCGACUAUUAACGAUGUGCUUUUCGGCGUAAUUUCAUGCGGUCUAUCAAGAUAUUUGGAUUCGCGAUCCCCAAAAGCUCUUAGAGAUGGCGUUCAAAUUACGGGCCUAUCCAUGGUUAACUUGAGGAAACAACCAGGAUUACAGGAACUUUCGGAUAUGAUGAAGGGCAAUUCAGGAAUUCGGUGGGGUAACAAAUUUGGUAUGCUUCUCUUACCUGUUUAUUAUCAUCAUGGUGGAGCUGAUCCUCUCCAGUAUGUGAAGAGAGCCAAACAAAUGAUUGACCUGAAGAAACAGUCUCUAGAGGCUCACUUCUCUUACAACGUUGGUUAUCUUGCCAUGUCCUGUUUUGGACCAAAGGUUGCAAGCUGGCUUAACUACAGGAUUGUUUGCAACACAACCUUUACUAUCUCAAAUGUGAUUGGCCCAAAAGAGGAGAUUGCAAUUGUCGGCAAUCCAGUAAAGUAUUUGAGGGUGACUAACACUAGCCUGCCCCAUGCGAUCACAAUGCACAUGUUGAGCUAUGCUGGAAGAGCUGAUAUGCAAAUAUUAGUGGCAAAAGAUAUCGUACCAGACCCACAAGUUCUAGCAAAGUGUUUUGAAAAUGCACUUCACCAAAUGAAGGAGGCUGCAACUCAAGAAUGAGGAAAAUGUAGAAUAGCACCUUUACGAAUAUGAUGUUGUAUCAAGAUUCACAUUCAUGUAACACGAGGGGGGAAAAGAUCACCCUGAUUCUUAUGUAAACCUGCAUCAUAGAAUGCAACAAGUCGUACCGCAUCUGUGUAAAAACAAAUUAUAGGUUAUAUAAUUCAAGUAUAGAAGUGCAUUUACUGUUCUUCA